AUGAACGUUGUGUGUGAUUGUGACCUGACAGAGGAGAGCUGCCUUGCUCUGGCCAGGGCCCUCAUCUCCGACUCCUCGGCUCUCAGAAAGCUGGACUUGAGUCGCAACCCUCUGGGAGAUUCAGGGGCCGUAGAGCUCUCUGGUGCUAUAGCGCAUCCACACUGCCAUCUGGAGAAGCUCAGACUCUUUGACUGUGAGAUCGGGGAUGAAGGUGGUACAUCUCUGGCGUUGGCCCUCGGGUCAAACAGUUCAUACCUGCGGUCUCUGGACCUGAGUGGAAACCCACUGGGAGACGCUGUCAUGAAUCCUCUGUCUACUGCACUUAGAGAUUCAGGCUGUGUACUCAAGACCUUAAGAAUGUCAGAGUGUAAUAUCACAGGAGAGGGUUGCAUUCCACUGGAUGAAGCACUGAGGUCUGGAAAGUCCCACCUUAAAAAACUGGAUAUGACCGGAAACAAACUACGGCAAGAGGGAGUACGUCUCCUCUCAGCCCACAGAUCAAGACUCAAGUCUCUCCUGUUGUCUGAGGGGAUCCCUAAGUAUAAGGACAUUGAAUCUCUGGCCGUGGGUCUGAGAGGAGGGGAGCUGCGAGAGCUGGACCUGAGUCAUAAGGAGCUGGAGGAUGCAGGCCUGGAGCUCAUCACCGAGGCCCUGAGGACGCCUGACUGCAGACUGGAGAUCCUCAGGUUGUACAAUAAUAAGAUCAGCAGUGCUGGCUGUGCUGCCAUGGUGUCCGUCCUGAGGGAGAAUCCUCACCUGCUGGAGCUGGACCUGAGUGGAAACGAGCCUGGAGACGACGGGGUGGAGCUGCUCGCCUGCGCCCUCAGAGAACAGCACUGCCAACUACACACACUCAAGCUGAAUGAUUGUAACCUGACGGAGAGCAGUUGUGCAGCUGUGGCCUCUGUUCUCAAGGGCUCCCGUCUUAAAGAGCUGGCACUGAGUCUUAACGAUCUUGGUGACUCUGGAGUGAAGCUUCUAUCUGAGGAAUUACAGCAUGCCAGCUGCACACUGGAGGUGCUCAGUCUGGCUAGCUGUGGCAUCACACAGGAGGGAUGUGCUCGUCUGGCCUCAGCUCUGAGGUCAAACCCUGGACACCUACAGCAGCUGGACCUGACUGGUAAUACUCUGGGUGACCAGGGCAGGGCGCUGUUGCUCGCCCUACAGCAGGAUCCAGACUGUAGAUUGAACAUACUCAGCCUCUAG